AUGUUUUGGAGGGGUUUUAAUUUCUUCCAACUUUUAACCAGAUCUAGAAUGAAUCGUAACCACUAUUAUCUCUGUGGAGAUGGAGUCUACAGAUCAACUGGUGCUAUAUCUGAUCCACCGUUUCAAACAAGUUUUGGGCCUUUGAAAGUGGUUUGCGUUGUCGCGCCGCUACUCUUCAUCGGGGCGUACAUAAGUAAAACCGGUGCCAAAUUCCUUGAGGACAAUGAGAUUUUCGUCCCAAAAGAUGAAUAG